CGCUUCCCUGAAGUUCGGAUUGUUUACAAGUGAAUCUUCCCGCGUUGGGAUAUAAACAGCUGAUUAAGGAGAGCAGCAGGCUACACAUGGCUGCUGCCUGAGAUCUGAGGAUGAUUAAGACGGAGAAGAUCCUACAUCUGAAGAGCUGCCGCGGGAGGAAGGUCCGUGUGGUCCGGGAGCAUUAUCUGAGAGAGAGGGUCCCCUGCUACAGCUCCCUGUGUCAGGCGGGCUGUGAGAACGAUGGCAAGGUGCUGCCAAGAGAUCUGACCCACUAUGUCAUUCCUGAUGUGGGGGUGGCGGGGGACUAUCUGGAGAUCCUGGAAUUCAGAGAGCUGCAGGGCAUCAUCUUCACGCAGACCGCCUGCCAGGGGGUGCAGCACAGCAAAGGACGAAGGCAAUACAACCGUCUGCGGAACCUGCUCAAAGACCCCAGACAUGACUGCGUGCCGUUUGCCAAUGAAUUUCAGGAAUAUUCAUACUGUCCACGAGAGAAGGGGGAGAGCCAGGAGAACUGGCAGACCAGGUGUGUGUACUCUGCAGCAGUUUGGUACUACAACCACCUGGCUGGUAUGAUCGAUGUAGUGAUGAUCACUGAGGAUCAGGAUGCCGUGGCUCAGUACAGCAGCCUCAACUCUGGGGUUUACAUUAUCUCUUUCCAGGAUUAUUUAAGAAACUUCUGUCCGGAGCUGCAGACAGCACACGACUUGUACGGCUCCAUUUCCCAGGCACUACAAGAGAAGGAGAGUGAAGGCACGGAGAGGGAGUACACCGAGCAUCUGCCCGCUGAGGUGCUGGAGGCUGGGAUCAAGUCUGGGCGGUACAUUCAGGGGACUCUGAAUGUUAGCAAGCACCGGGCACAUAGUGAAGCUUCAAUCAUGACGGACGGUUUGUCCAACAAGAACACAGAUCUGAGUUGGGGCGUGUUGGUGUGCGGAGGGAAGAAUCGUAACAGGGCGGUGCAUGGAGACAUGGUUGUGGUGGAGUUGUUGCCGAAGAGCGAGUGGAGAGGGAAGGACAACACCCUGGCUGAGGGUCAGGGGGAGGAGAAGAGCGGAGAGGAAAGUGAAAGUAAACCCAUGCCUACAGGCCGUGUUGUGGGGAUCCUGCAGAGGAAUUGGAGGGACUAUGUGGUGACUUUUCCCCCCAGGGAGGGGCCUCAGCCCCAGAGCAGGAACUCGCAGCGCAUCCUGGCGGUGCCCUGGGACCACCGCAUCCCCAAGAUCCGCAUCAGCACCCAGCAGGCCGACGCUCUGCAGGACCACAGAGUGGUGGUGCGCAUCGACUCCUGGGAGAGCACGUCGCUCUAUCCCAACGGCCACAGUGUACGGGUGCUGGGUAAAGCUGGAGAGCUCGAGACGGAGAUCCAGACCAUCCUCAUCGAGAACUGCAUCCACGUGCCUCCAUUCUCAGACGCACAGCUGAGAGAAAUGCCGGUGAACUCAGCAGAGAAACCAUGGAGGAUGGAUCCGGCUGAGGUGGCGCAGCGGCGGGACCUCCGGGAGAGUCACCUGGUGUUCAGCAUCGACCCGCGGGGCUGCGAGGAUGUGGACGACACGCUGUCUGUGCGCAGGCUCGCCGACGGGAAGCUGCUGGAGCUGGGGGUCCACAUCGCAGAUGUCACCCACUUUGUCACAGAGGGCUCGCUCACCGACCUGGAAGCACGUUCAAGGGCCACAACGUACUACCUGGCAGACCGCAGGUACGACAUGCUGCCCAGUGUUCUCAGCGCAGACCUCUGCUCUCUGCUGGGCGGAGUCGACAGGUAUGCGAUGAGUGUGAUGUGGGAGAUGGAUGCACAAACCCUCGUCGUCAACAAGGUGUGGUACGGUCGCACGCUCAUCCGCUCCUCCUACCAGCUGCACUACGAGCUGGCCCAGGCGCUCCUCGACGGGGAGCAGGCGGAGGUGCUGGAGCUGGCCGGGCUCGGGUCUGAAGAGAAGGACGCUAAACUAGCUCAGCUCACACAGGCUCUGGAGAUGCUGACACACGUAGCCAGACACCUGCGGGCGCAGAGGGACCAGGGAGGAGCGCUGGAACUGGAAGGGGUGGAGGUGCGUGCCCAGCUAGAUAAGGACAAGAACAUCACAGCGCUGGUCCCCCGCCAGCCUCUGGAGGUCCACGAGACGGUGGCCGAGUGCAUGAUUUACGCCAACCACUGGGUGGCGCGCAAGAUCCAGGAGACCUUCCCCCACCAGGCCCUGCUGAGGCGCCACCCGCCUCCCCGGCAGGAGUUCUUCAGCCGACUGGUGGAGAGCGCCGCGGCCGGGGGCUUCACCAUCGAUACCAGGACCAACAAGGCUCUGGCUGACUCUCUGGACCAGGCCGUGGACCCCCAGGACCCGAUGGUGAACAGGCUGCUGAGAAUAAUGGCCACUACAGCCAUGUCCCAGGCUGUGUACUUCUCAACUGGUCUUCAGUCUCUAGACCAGUUCUACCAUUAUGGUCUGGCUCUGGACCGCUACACACACUUCACCUCACCCAUCCGUCGUUAUGCCGACAUCGUGGUGCACCGCCUGCUCAACGCCGCCAUCGCCAUGGACAGGGGGGUGGACCCGGGUAAAGCAUUAGCCAGCAACAAAGACCUGGAGGACACGGCUCAUCAUAUCAACAACAAGAACAGGGCAGCACAGCAGGCCCAGAAGAUUUCCACAGAGCUGUUCCAGUGUCUCUACUUCAAAGAGAGAGAACCUCAGUCAGACCAGAGCUGUGUGGCGGACGCAGUCAUCUACUCCAUCAGAGACAACGGCGUCUUGGUGUUCAUCUCAGAGUACGGGGUGAAGGGCCCGAUGUACCUGAAGAACCGCGAGGGCCAGGUGGUGGCAGUGGGACCGGACGGCAGCUGUGAGUGGCAGAGCGGCUCCCUGAGACGAUACUCGCACCACAUCACCACCACCUCCAGCUGCGGCACCUCCACCUUCAGACUGUUCGACCACAUCACUGUUCGUAUUUCUGUGCGCUCUACAAACUGCCACGCUGACUCGCUAAAGCUGGAGGUCACCAGCAACAGGCCCCUCCUCAGCGCGGGGCCCCAGCAGCCCCGCUCCCAGGGCCGCAGCCAGCUGGUGCAGGAAGUGGUGCGCCUGGCGGAGGAAGCGGCCCAGGAGAAGGCAGCCCGGCGGCCCAAACUUUCUAAAGAGGAGAGGGAGUUCAGUCAGAGCAAAACCCCCAACCUGUACUCCCUGCUGGAGGAGAUCAGGGAGCUGGCUCUGCUGGACCUAGAGGGGGAGACACAGGUCUGUUUGACUACUGCCGAGAGACGCUAAACAUGAUUUACUACUGAUAUCUCCAUGACAAAUCAUCGACAUGAGGAAGGCCACAAGCACAAGAGGCUUUUCACUUUAUAUCAUUGUCACAAUUCUUAAGCACUCUUUGAAUCCUGGCCGCUGAUUUGUUUUUUUUAUUAUUAUCGCCAUCGUUUUUUACCUGUGAUAAUUGCUUGAUGAUUUGGAAUGUAAAUAAGUUAUUUGAUAUUAAAUGAGAUGAGAAAUA